GAUGGGGACAGGGGCGAGGAGGUGGCCCCCAGGCCGGGGAGGUGCCCCCUGCACCACGUCCCAUGGGCAGCCUCGCUCCGGUUCUGGCCUCGCUCCGGUUCUGGCCUCGCUCCGGUUCUGAUCUUGCUCUGGUUCUGGUCUCACUCCGGUUCAGGCCUCGCUCCGGCCUCACUCCGGCCUCACCCCGCUCUCACUCCUGCUCUGGCCUCGCUCUGGUUCUGGCCUCGCUCUGGUCUCACUCUGGCUCCAGCCUCACCCCGCUCUCACUCUGGUUCUGGCCUCGCUCCGGCCUCGCUUGUCCCGCCGGCCUCCAACGGGUCCGUGCUCACCGCAGCCGCUUCCCCCAGGCGCCGCCUUCAGCCCCGGGCAGGAGCUGGACGGGGCUGGGGAGGCCGGCGGGGGCUCGGGGCGCUUUGUAGGGCUGCGAGGAUGAGCCUGGGCCGAGCGCCUGGCACCCGGGGCCGAAUCCAUCCCGGGGCCGAGCCCGUCCCAGGGCCAGGGCCGGGUCCAUCCCGGGGCCGAUUUCAUCCCGCGCUUUAGCGGACAGAACCACCUCUGUGCUCCCCUGCAUAGCCCUGUGAAACCAGCCCUAGGGGCACGGCGGUACCCGCACCGCUCACAGCAGCACUGCGCGCCCUCCGUGGCCCUGUGCCUCCAGCACGGCCGCUCUGCGGCUCGGGGGCUGCGGGAAGGAUCCGUCCCAGGCAGCGCCCCGGCACCCCGCCGCCGGGCUUCAUGUGAGAGAUGGCGAACGCCGAGGUGAGCGUCCCUGUGGGCGAUGUGGUGGUUGUACCAAGUGACGGCAACGAAGGGGAGAACCCGGAGGAUACCAAGACCCAAGUGAUCCUGCAGCUCCAGCCCGUGCAGCAGGGGAUUUACCAAGAGGGCUCGGAGGCCAGCGCCGCCGUGGUGGCCGUCGAAACGCACACCAUCCACAAGCUGGAAGAAGGGCUCGACCCCAGCACCAUUGAAACAAACGAGGAAAUCGAGAUCGCCUACCCCAUCACCUGCGGGGAGAGCAAAGCCAUCCUGCUCUGGAAGAAGUUUGUCUGUCCGGGAAUUAAUGUCAAGUGUGUGAAGUUCAAUGACCAGCUGAUCAGCCCGAAGCAUUUUGUUCACCUGGCUGGGAAGUCAACCCUAAAGGACUGGAAGAGAGCCAUUCGCCUCGGAGGAAUCAUGCUGAGGAAGAUGAUGGACUCGGGGCAAAUCGACUUCUACCAGCACGACAAAGUUUGCACCAACACCUGCCGGAGCACCAAGUUCGACCUGCUGAUCAGCAGCGCCCGAGCGCCGGUGCCGGGCCAGCAGAGCGUGGUGCAGACUCCCACCUCCGCUGACGGGAGCAUCACCCAGAUCGCGCUGUCGGAGGAGAGCAUGGAGGAGGGGAUCGAGUGGAACUCGGCGCUGACAGCUGCCGUCACCAUGGCCACUGAGGAAGGCAUGAAAAAGGACACAGACGAGAUCUCGGAGGACACGCUGAUGUUCUGGAAGGGAAUCGCUGACGUGGGGCUGAUGGAGGAGGUUGUGUGCAACAUCCAGAAGGAGAUAGAAGAAGUGCUGAGAGGCGUCCAGCAGAGGCUGGGCCAGUCUCCCUUCCAAAUGACAGAUGCCGCGGUCUUGAACAACGUUGCUCACACAUUUGGCCUGAUGGACACAGUCAAGAAGGUUCUGGACAACAGGAAAAACCAGACGGAGCAAGGAGAAGAGCAGUUCCUUUACGCGCUGGCAGACCUGGAGCGGCAGCUGGAGGAGCAGAAGAAACUCGCCAAGGACCAGAAGGCGAAGUCCCAAACCAUCCAGAACGUGGUGCUGAUGCCCGUCAGCGCCCCCAAACCCCCCAAGAGACCCCGGCUGCAGCGCCCGGCCUCCGCCACCGUCCUCAGCCCCUCCACCCCCAUCCAGCAGCCUCAGUUCACCGUCAUCUCGCCCAUCGCUAUCGCGCCCGUCGGACAGCAGUUCUCCGUGGGCAACAUCCCGGUGGCCACCAUUAGCCAAGGCUCCAGCCCGGUGACCGUCCACACCUUGCCGUCCGGCUCCCAGCUCUUCCGAUACGCCACCGUGGUGUCCUCGUCCAAGACCAGCUCCUCCGACACGGUGACCCUCCACCCGUCCUCCAGCCUGGCGCUGCUCAGCUCGGCGGCCAUGCAGGACAGCGGCGCCUUGGCCAACGUGGCGGCCGUGGUGAACCCCGUGGAACUGGUGGCCAUGGAGUCGGGCCUCACCUCCACCAUCCAAGCCGUGGAGGGCACCUCGGACGACGGGCAGACCAUCAUAGAGAUCGACCCGGCGCCGGACCCCGAGGCGGACGCGGACGAGGCGGAGGGCAAGGCGGUGAUCCUGGAGACGGAGCUGAGGACUGAGGAGAAGGUGGUGGGAGACGUGGAGGACCACCAGCACCAGGUCCAUAACGUGGAGAUUGUGGUCCUGGAGGACUAGCGGGGAAGGCGAGCGUCGGUUUGGGGAAGAGCUGGGAAUCCGUUUUCUUUUGGGCUUUUUGGUUAAGCAUCCUUACCGGCCACCCCAUUUGUUUCCAUGGAUAUUUGCAUUGUACUGUAUAUAAAAUAUAUAUAUAUAUAAUUUUUUUUUUUAAAACAAACAAACAAAAAAAGCUGGAGAAACACGCGAGACCUGGAAAAGGCUCCGUCUCCGUGGAGCACUGAACAAUCCUGCCUGUCUGCAGGGCCGAGGAGAGACUGGAUCUCUGCUGAACAACCCGGCCGGGAGGAACC